AUGUCCCAGCUCUCCUCCACUCUGAAGCGCUACACAGAAUCGGCCCGUUAUACAGAUGCGCCUUUCACCAAAUCAAGCUAUGGCACCUACACUCCCUCUUCCUACGGAACCAACCUGGCUGCCUCCUUCCUGGAGAAGGAGAAGUUUGGUUUCAAGCCCAGCCCCCCCACCAGCUAUCUCACCCGUCCCCGUACCUACGGCCCCCCCUCCAUCCUGGACUAUGACCGAGGCCGCCCCCUGCUGAGACCUGACGUCAUCGGGGGUGGUAAGCGGGCCGAGAGCCAGACUCGGGGCACCGAGCGGCCUUCAGGGAGUGGACUCAGCGGGGGCAGUGGAUUCCCUUAUGGAGUGACCACCAGCUCCGUCAGCUACCUGCCUGUCAGUGCCCGCGACCAGGGGGUGACCCUGACCCAGAAGAAGUCAAACAGUCAAUCAGACCUGGCCCGGGAUUUCUCCAGCCUUCGGACCUCGGAUAGCUACCGGCUGGACUCUGGGAACCUGGGCCGCAGCCCCAUGCUGGCCCGCACGCGCAAGGAGCUGUGCGCCCUGCAGGGCCUGUACCAGGCAGCCAGCCGCUCCGAGUACCUGGCCGACUACCUGGAGAACUAUGGGUGCAAGGCCAGCGCACCUCAGGUGCCCACCCCGAGCCCUCCCUCACGAGCCCCCGAAGUCCUCAGCCCCACCUACCGACCCAGUGGCCGUUACAGUCUGUGGGAGAAGGGCAAGGGCCAGGCCCUUGUGUCCAGCCGCUCCAGCUCCCCAGGGCGAGACACCAUGGAAAUGCACUUCACGACCCAUGCACUCGACGAUGGUCCUGCACUGCUCUUGGAAAUGCCCAGCUACCCUCACAUACACUGCGACUCUUACCCUCUGCUUUCCCACCCAACAUGCCUGGGGCCCCUGCAGGCCCUGCCCCAUCCUGGACUGCAUGCUGAGACCCCCAGACCACCAGUGUGCCCUGUGAAUUCUAAGAGCGCCCAGGGUCUGGCUGGUCUUCGAAACCUUGGGAACACGUGCUUCAUGAACUCCAUCCUACAGUGCCUGAGCAACACACGGGAGCUGAGAGACUACUGCCUGCAGCGGCUCUACCUGCGGGACCUCAGCCACAGCAGCCGUGCUCACACGGCCCUCAUGGAAGAGUUUGCAAAACUAAUCCAGACCAUAUGGACCUCAUCCCCCAAUGACGUGGUGAGCCCCUCUGAGUUCAAAACCCAGAUCCAGAGAUACGCACCGCGCUUCGUCGGCUAUAAUCAGCAGGAUGCUCAGGAGUUUCUUCGCUUCCUUCUGGAUGGGCUGCACAAUGAGGUGAACCGGGUCACAGCGAGGCCCAAGUCCAACACUGAAAACCUCGACCAUCUGCCUGAUGAUGAGAAAGGGCGCCAGAUGUGGAGAAAGUAUCUAGAACGGGAAGACAGUCGGAUCGGGGAUCUCUUUGUUGGGCAGCUGAAGAGCUCCCUGACGUGCACUGAUUGUGGCUACUGUUCUACGGUCUUUGAUCCCUUCUGGGACCUCUCUCUGCCCAUUACUAAGCGAGGUUAUCCUGAGGUGACGUUAAUGGACUGCAUGAGGCUCUUCACCAAAGAGGACGUGCUUGAUGGCGAUGAAAAGCCGACGUGCUGUCGCUGCCGAGCCAGAAAACGGUGUAUAAAGAAGUUCUCCAUCCAGAGGUUCCCAAAGAUCUUGGUGCUCCAUCUGAAGCGGUUCUCAGAAUCCAGGAUACGAACCAGCAAGCUCACAGCAUUUGUGAAUUUCCCACUAAGAGACCUGGACUUGAGGGAAUUUGCCUCAGAAAACACCAACCACGCUGUUUACAACCUGUACGCCGUGUCCAAUCACUCCGGAACCACCAUGGGCGGCCAUUACACAGCCUACUGCCGGAGCCCGGUGACAGGCGAGUGGCACACAUUCAACGACUCCAGCGUCUCCCCCAUGUCCUCCAGCCAAGUGCGUACCAGCGACGCCUACCUGCUCUUCUACGAGUUGGCCAGUCCGCCCUCCCGCAUGUAGCAACGAGGAGCUACAUCCCAUCCUCCCUUCCCCGUGGUGGCCCCACAACCUAAGUUUUUUUAAAAAGACCAAAAAAAGGCAAAAAAAGUCCUGACAAAUAAGAGGAAAAUAAAGGAAAGUGAAGCUGCAGAGCAGGAGUUGCUGCAGCCUGGCCGGAGCCGGGAGUGGGGAGCCCGGUGCCCCAGAGCCCCGCCUGGUAGGGAAGAUUGGCAGGACGCAGACCGAGCCAGCACGGUGCCCUCGGCUUCUCAUGUCUGCAUUUGUAAGCGCGUGGUUCUUUUCCCGUGUGUGAUAAACCUCAGCCCUCGGUGGGGAGAAGAUACUUGUCCACGGGCCCACUGGCCUCGGCCCAGCCCCGGCCUCCCGAGAACACAGCGCCCUCUGGAGCCUGCUGGGAGGAUCGCCACCUGGAACGCCGCCCGUCUUUACCUGGACCCCGCUUCACCAUUCCAGGAGCCAGAAAAACACCCAUGAGCCAAGAGCCCUCUUAAGGCUGCUAACUCCAGGGGGACAGAUGAGGGGACGUCUUUGAAAAAAGCUGUUUUUGAUUUUUAAAAGCCCAACUUUUUUUUUUUAAUUAUCGUAACUAAAGUUUUCAGACUGGAGAUGCUCUCUUUCACGCCUCGUCACAGCUGGGAUGUUGUGCUGGUCUUUUUUUUUUUUUUUAAUUCUACAAGUACAACUUUUCUAGUGCUAGCCCCCAGUGGUGCUAGGUGGGAGUUGGCCAGGCCCAAGCACAGCCACAGUAGACCUGGGAUCUGACAGGUUUUUGUUUGUUUGUUUUUAAUGUUUUGGAUGGAAUCUAGUUGCCUCCAAGAAUUGUGCCUUAUAGUGUUUGGGGACCAGGGGGUAACUGCCCCUCCCUGAAAUAUCCCUCAGCCUCUUCCCUUUUCCCCAGUGCCAUGUCCAGAGCUGCCAGGGAGCUCGGGGUCACACCCACAGCCCCUGGCUCGUUUCGCACUGCAGUGAAGUGAAGAGAGUAGGUAAAAGGAAAUUCUUCUGAUAGUGUAUCAAGUUCUUCCCGCCAGCUUCCUCUAACCCAGCCCUGGUCUACUCCCCAGCUGUUGGAAGGAUAGCACGAGCCCCUGACCCUUGAGCUUCUCUCACCUUUAAUUUAUUCCCCCUUAACUUGCUCCUUCUCCCCAGCCUCCCUGCCCCACCCCCCUUCUCAGAGCCUCCUGACAUAGGCCCUUUGGACCGAGUUUCUCAGGGAUGCCCAUGCCACCCCCAGCUCCCCUUGGCAUCAGUCUGCAGUUCAGCCUGGGAGCUGGAGCCUGGGUGUCUGGGGACAUCUUGCCUCAGUUGUGUGGUUCUUCCCCAUGGGCUUGAUUUUGCUCUUAAGUUGUCGGGCAAAACUCUGUGUUGUCCCAGAGAGAAAAGCUGUUCAGCACCAAGGCCCAGAGCUCUGUGCGUGGUGCACUCUGCACACCCACACAGCUGGGCCCUGCCUGUGCCCCUCGAGGGCAGAACUCUCCAGUGCUUCCAGGAGGCAGCAGAAUAAGACACCCUGAGUCUAACUGGCCUGACACCCUUCUCUAGGGAAGACCUGUGAACCUGAGCCAAAGGGCUGGUGUAUACACUUGUUUACCGUGUAAGCAAGAGUAGAUGAAUGUGUGAUGUACAGUGGAACCUUGUACAGAAUAAAUCAUAGCUUUGAGAAAUAA